UUUUAACUUAUUUUUCUCAAUAAACCCUUUAUAUCUUGUUUUUACCAAUACAGUUGUACAGCUAUUACUACUAUUAAAUAUAACAAUGUCAACACCACGUAGGAGGAUAGAAACUGAUGUUAUGAAACUCUUGAUGAGUGACUAUGAAGUAACUUUAGUGAAUGAUAACAUGCAAGAAUUUUAUGUAAGAUUUCAUGGACCCUCGGAUACUUCUUUUACAGGUGGCGUAUGGAAGGUACAUGUAGAACUUCCUGACCAAUAUCCUUAUAAAUCCCCAAGUAUUGGAUUUAUGAAUAGGAUUUUCCAUCCAAACAUUGAUGAAGUGAGUGGUUCUGUUUGCUUGGAUGUGAUUAAUCAAACCUGGAGUCCUAUGUUUGACAUGAUCAAUAUUUUCGAAGUCUUUUUACCACAACUUUUACGUUAUCCUAAUCCAACCGAUCCUCUAAAUGGUGAAGCAGCAGCAUUAUUGAUGAGGGAACCAGCAAAAUAUGAAGCCAAAGUGAAAGAUUAUGUCUCUCGAUAUGCAACAAAGGAAGCGGCAGAUGCAGCAGCUGAUGAAACCUCUGAUGAAGAAGAUAUGAGCUCAGUUAGUUAUGCAACCAGUGAAGAUGAAGCGACCGGAAUGGAAUUGUAGAACAUCCCCUCUAUUUGGUCCCUCCUAUCUUUUACUACAUACCUUUUUCUUUCUUUUUUUCUUCUUCUCCUUAUCACACAUUUCACUUAUAUUUAGUUAGUUUUAUUUCAGUCAUCUUAUUCUUCAACACAAUAUACGAACCCCCCCAAAUCAAUAUGAUCAACCCACUUUAGUAAUCAUCUUUUAUUUUAUUUUUUUUCAUCAUAUUGUGUUUCAUGUCUCUAUAUAUCUUUUUGGUUCCCCUCUCCAAUCGUCUAUAGUCUUUAAGAAGAUAGCAGCAUCUGUUGAUAUUCUUUGUUUAAAUAAAUUACAAAAUCAAUUUGGCAAUAUUUUC